AUGACGGUGGUACGAGAGAGAAGGCACCAACAAGCACUAAGUCUAUCCCUACCAUCCCCGACAUCGUCAGCUGACUUCUGGCUUCAGACCCACUCGCCAUCAUUAUCAUUGCCCAUUAGCCCAGAUUUUCCGAACAUAGAAAAGCUCUCAGACCUCGAAAAAUUGGCGGUUCUUGGCCACGGCAAUAGUGGCACGGUCUAUAAAGUACGGCACAAACGCAGCUCCUCCAUAUUUGCUUUGAAAAUCCUCCGUUUCGACCAAAACUCCACUUUAAUUCGCCAACAAGCAGCAAGGGAGGCAGAGAUCCUUAAAUGUGUUAAUUCACCUUAUAUUGUCCGGUGCCAUGCGGUUUUUGACAGUGAGGAUGACUUGUACUUUGCGAUGGAGCACAUGGAAAGAGGAUCACUGAACGAUGUUCUGCGUGUACGCAGAAUACUGCCCGAGCAUGUCAUAUCUGGUGUGACACAAUGUGUUCUGAACGGGUUACAUUAUCUCCAUGAGAUGCAGAUUGUGCACGGGGACAUAAAACCCUCAAAUCUACUGAUAAAUGCUAAAGGAGAUGUUAAGAUUGCAGAUUUUGGAGCGAGCAGGGUUAUUGUGGGGGGCAAACAAGAUUCGUAUGAGACUUACAUGGGAACAUGUGCAUACAUGAGCCCUGAAAGAAUUGAUCCUGAGAGAUGGGGUGGGGAUGCCGAUCAUGGAUUUGCAGGAGAUAUCUGGUCGCUUGGAGUGGUAGUUUUGGAGUGCCUUGUUGGUCAUUAUCCGUUGAUUGGUUGUGGAGAGAAACCCGACUGGGCAGCAUUGGUGUGUGCUAUAUGCUUCGGGGAGAGAUUCGAAAUGCCGAAGAAUGCAUCCAGCAUGAUUCAAAGUUUUGUUAGGAGGUGUCUAGAGAAGGACUGGAGGAAGAGAGGGACCGUGGAUGAGCUUCUUGAUCAUCCUUUCGUGAGCCAGGUCGGGUGUGAAUCUAGACAAGGAGUAGCUGAUUUUGCUUUGAGUGGUUGA